AUGGCUGCGGCUGAGAUUCUCAGAAACACUAUGAAUUUAUUGGAACUUAUCGCCUCCGGCGAUGCUGGCGAUGAUGAGCACGCAAUGCUCCUCUUGCUUUGUGCUGCCUGUGGGUGGGAAUUCAUGCUGCGGCAGCUUCUUGAACGAGGUUGUUCGCCUGAUGCUCCCACUCCAAGCGCCUGCCUUUUCUCGUCCAUUAUUCUCAAGGGGUUGUCACCCUAUGACCGUCAUCGUCAGUUCAUAAGAAAUCCCUCGGCAUUGGCAUUCGCUGCUUAUAAUGGCCAUCUGGGAACCACUCGGCUUUUGCUUGAAUACAAUGCUAGCUUGUGCGAAGAGAAGGAUCAAUUCACACCAAAUCCGCUCACGUUGGCCAUCGCUCACUCCCAUUUGCCUAUUGCUAGCAUUGAUCGGAAGAGAUCAUGGAGUGAAUCGCUGCUUGAAAAGGUUUUGAAAGACGGGGCCAUUGAUAUUAUGAAGAUCCUUCAGAGACGGGGGAUCUUCGAUUCACUCAUGCACGAUGAGCGGGGCGAAGCUCUCAUAGAUGCCGCCGGUGGGGGCGUUCGCACAAUGGAAUAUCUUCUGGGGCAGGGUUAUAAGGUCACGCCAAAUAGCGAGGAAGCCCAACUUGCACUGAUGGGUGCCGUCAAAAGGGCUGAUACCGACGUUAUCAAUCUGCUCUAUGCAAGAGGUUUGGUAUUUGACAUAUCUGUUGUACACAGAAGGAACCUCUUGGGGUGUAUAGAAUGUCCAAGCACGGAUAUUGAGAAGGUCAUUUCUACCCUGGACACAUUACUCGCGCAUGGGGUCGAUAUCACCGCAGCUGAUAGUCCUCUUUUCAACGUUCUCAGUAAGGGGGGUAACUGCAAAACCAAGGACAUCGAGCAUAUCUGCGACAGCAAUGAUGUUGAGCAAUACGUCUCGUUACUGUUGGACCGCAAUGCAGAUCCAAUGCAAUCACGAAGACGCAGCGAUGUAUGCCCAAUAUCCGCGGCUGCGGCUCUGAAUAAGUCUAUGGUCCACUUGAUGUUGAAAGCAUUAGAUGGCCGGAACAUAUGUCUACAGCAAUUCGAACGGCAAAUUUCCUAUGCGAAAAUCCAGGCCCUUCAAUCAGGCAAUCCAGGUGUGGUGUCGCUUCUGCGCCGGGCCUACUUUCGGAAGAAAUAUGAAGAGUCGCCAAGGCAUCCUGCGUAA